GUGCUCGACACCAUACUUGCCUCCCGGAACCCCCGCAAUUCGCCCUGCUGUCGCAUAUCUGUACGGCUGGGUCAAUUCGGGUCCCGUCGAAUCGGAGCGGAUAACGUUCGGAAGCUGCCUCACGCGCCGGAAAGCCAGGUCCGUCGUUGACUCUGCUUCCGGCGCGCGGGCAAUCUCUGUCCUCCUUAAUCAUGCCGGGUCCACAUCCUCCUCCCCAUAUGCCAAUGCCGCGAAGGCAGCCGAAUGAAUACCAUUACGGCAUGCCGCCUCCGGCCCAGUCUCCUGUCCAUGGGAUGUAUAUGGGUUAUCCGCCUCAACCCCCGUAUCACGCGCAUCCACAUCCGCAGUCAUACCCGCAGCACUGGCAAUAUGCUGCCUACCCCCAGCAAUAUCCGCCGCAACAGCAUAUGCGACCAUAUCACCAUCAACCGCAGCAGCACAUCGCACAACCGCUACCUCAACAGAAUCCGAUUGUGGUAUCAUCGCAUCCUAAUGGGCUGCCAGUAGCUCCGAUUCCGCGUGCGGCGAUGCAAACUCCUGUGGUUCAAUCACCGAUUCCACCGCCAGUGCCGUUGACACAUGCGUUGCCACCGAAACCGCAGAUGGUGUCCCCUCCCACUCCCGAUGCCUCCGUUCCUAUGUCCCCGAGACCUGUCUCCUCGCCGCAGGUUGUCACGAUACCGACUGCUGCGCCGGCUUCAGCCACGCUCUAUAUGCCGAAUUUCCCAAAACUACCGUGGUUGUCCGUCCCAGACCAGGAUUUCCCAACCCGACCGUCAAGACGUCGACGUAGAAGGAAUGUGGUGCAAGAGAGCGAUAAAUCCUUGCAACUCCCGGAACGACCAUCGAACCAAACGGCGAAGCCCACAGUGGAUCGGAGUGAAUCGCAGACAUCGACCGUGGUUGCGUCCGAAUCUGCCACUCCCGCCACCUCCCAGGCUCCGUCUGAGGUCGAUUCAACCAACCCGACUACGCCGUCCUCAACCGUUCCAACAGUGGCCACACCAAGAGCAGCACCUGCUGUCCCUGCCCACUCGCGUACCUCGACUCGGACCGCUAUCCCCAUCAUUCCCGUCACCCCUGCCAUCCCGAAUAUUCCCCAGAAGUCGCGGAAAGCAUCCGAGGCGUCUCAGGCGCCGCAAUUGUUGAGAGAGAAGCCCGAUACCGCUUCGACGGUGGUGUCCACUCCCCCUUCCGAGUCAACCAUCACAGAGUUGGCUUCACCCACCGAGCAAACCUCCGUGCCAGCUUCCGAAGCCAAGGCGGUUCCCAAAUCAUGGGCCGAUCUUGUUCGCGCGAAAUCUACCCCGUCGGCUGCAGCAGCCGUGCAACCCGCGACCAACGGCGCUCAUCUCAACGGCAUCUCGGCCGGCAAUGCAGGCGCCCUUGGCGAGGUGUUGCGGUUGUAUUCAGUUGAUGCGGAGCACAAAAUUCCUUUCCUUGAACCUCGCGGCCUUGUAAAUACUGGUAACAUGUGUUAUAUGAAUUCGAUUCUCCAAGUACUCCUCUACAGCACCCCGUUUUAUGACUUCCUUGAUCAGAUUGGAAAGCGAGCAUUGCAUAGUUUUAAAAGUGAUACACCUCUUCUCGAUUCCAUGAUCGAAUUCAUGAGGGAAUUUAAGGUAAUAGACUCGACUGUUUCAGCAAGCCAACUUCGGUUACGGCUGAAGGAGCAUGAGUUUGAACAGUUCGGAUCUGCAUUCACUCCGGAAUAUGUAUACGAUGCCAUCAAGCGUGUUCCACGGUUUUCAUCCAUGAAGCGGGGUCAUCAGCAGGAUGCGGAGGAGUUCCUAGGGUUCCUUUUGGAUACGUUGCAUGAGGAGUGCGCUCGAGUUAUCUCCAACUCAUCUCAAAAAUCCACCCGAUCGUCUUCCGUUUCUACUACCCAAUCCCAACCCGACACGGACGAGAGCGACUGGUUAGAAGUUGGUCCCAAGCAAAAAUCCUCCGUGACCCGCACCUCCGGGCCCGCCCUCGCCAACUCCCCCCCCACCCCAAUCAGCAAGAUCUUCAGCGGCCACCUCCGCUCGGAGCUCCGCGUCCACGGUCUCAAAACCUCCGUGACUCUCGAACCCUUCCAACCCCUCCAACUCGACAUCCAAGCCCCCCACAUCAACACCAUCACCGACGCCCUCCGCGGCCUCACCAAACCCGAAACCCUCUCCGGCGACUGGGGCUCCCCCCGCGGCGUCCGCACCGCCACCAAACAAGUCUUCAUCGAACACCUCCCCCCCGUCCUCCUCCUCCACCUCAAGCGCUUCAGCUUCGACCGCCCCGCCUCCUCCCCUACCGCCCCCUCCGACACCCACGGCGCCCGCAAGAUCUGGAAAUCCAUCAAAUACCCCCUCGACCUCGAGAUUCCCCGCGAGGUACUUGCGCCGUCCCGUCGCGCCGCGCUCGGGGCUCGCGUCGGGAAUACGGGGCUGCGGUACCAGCUCGUCAGUGUCGUGUACCACCACGGGAAACACGCUGGCGGGGGGCACUACACUGCCGACGUGCGCCGCCAGGAUGGGAAGGACUGGGUGCGCAUAGACGAUACGGUGGUGCGGCGCAUCACGGCGGAGGACGUGGUCGGCACGGAUAGCGAGGAGCCGAGCGAGUCGGCGCAGAAGGGUGGGGCGAAAGGAAAGCAUGACGAGGCUCAGCGCAGCGCGAACUUUUUCGAGCAGGGGAUGUUACCGGAGGAUGGAGGGGAGGGGGAGGAGAAGUGGGAGGAUGUGCAGACGAAUGGGGUGGGUGCGCAGGGGCAGACGCCGACGGGGAUGCGGUGGGCGGAAAAGGUGAAUGUGACGGGGCCGGGGGAGAGGCCGGGGGUGAAGGAAGGGAAGGUGGCGUAUAUCCUGUUUUAUCAGCAGGUGAAAGAUUAAGGUGGUUCGGGGGUGUGGCGGAUUGGGGGAUGGCGCUGUUGUGGUUGUAGGUUGGGUCGGUUCGGCUCGAUGCGGCGUCUAGUUGGUGUUCGUGGUCUGUUGAACGGAACAGAACAGCGGCGCAGAAGAUCGAGCAAGCAGGCGGGCAAGCAAGUAGGCGGGCAAGCAAGCAAACAUAUUUCACCCCGCCGC